GGACAGUAAUCACAGCCGGACCAGUUCAACCUCGCCAUAUUAUUAUCCAUUACUCUGCUGCAUAAUUUCCGCUUUCAUCUGAGGAGGUAUUAUAAACUGUCAUUUUCUGUUGGGCUUCUGAUUCAAGUCCAAGGACCUUGAUUAUUCAGAAAAAAACAUAGCAGGCUUUCAGCCGACUGGAGUCAUGAUGCCCUUUUGAAAGUGAAGCUUAGGCCCCGCGUUUGCAAAACGCCUGUUACAGAUCAGAAAGCUUGGGGCUCUUUUUCUUUGAGGGUGCAGCAGAGUUUCGGCGAUGGCAGACACAGAGAACAGGAGCCCUCCCCCCCAGGUCGGGCCUGUGCAAUUCAUGUUGAGCAACAAGCUGGAAACUGCCAUGUGGCUCUCACGGCUUUUUACUGUGUACUGCUCCAUUCUGUUCAUUCUUCCAGUCUUGGGCAUCCAGGAGGCAGCUAGUUUCUAUCAGCGUGCCUUGCUGGCCAACGCCCUGACCAGUGCACUCCGGCUACACCAGAGGCUACCUCACUUCCAGCUCAGCAGAGCGUUCCUGGCCCAGGCCUUGCAGGAGGACAGCUGUCACUACCUGCUCUAUUCCCUGAUACUCGUCAACUCCUACCCGGUGACCAUGAGCAUAUUCCCAGUCUUCCUGUUUUCUUUGCUUCAUGCGACCACUUACACAAAAAAGGUUCUAGACACAAUGGGCCCCACAAGUUUGGCCUUUGUGAGGAGAUUUCUGGAUAAACUCACAGCAAACCAGCAAAAUAUUCUCAAGUUUAUUGCUUGUAAUGAGAUCUUCUUGAUGCCUGCGACAGUCUUUAUGCUCUUCAGCGGCCAGGGCAGCCUUCUCCAGCCGUUCAUUUAUUACAGGUUCCUCACUCUGCGCUACUCUUCUCGAAGAAACCCGUACUGUCGGACUCUGUUCACAGAACUUAGGAUUCUACUUGAACACCUGAUAAUGAAGCCGUCCUGCCCUGCGUUGGUCAGAAGAAUGUGUCUCAGCAGUAUUGCCUUUGUUAGCCGUUUGGCGCCAACUGGAGCAUAAUUCUGCCAGUUUUGGGGAUCUCUUUAGGGAUUGACAAACACUUCGAAUAUUCGCAGCAGCUGGUGUAUUCUGCUAAUUGCUGUCUGUAGCUAAUAAUGGUAAUGCACAAUGCACUGAACUGUCAAAUGAGGUAGCCUCCUCUCCACUCCUCAUGUCUUGUCAGAUCUCAUUUUAAGUGUCUUAAGGUCAUUAUGGUUCUGGUCAGCCCUUCUGAGACUUCUUCUUUCUUAAAGACUCAGUGAGUGUCUUUUUUUUUGUGAAAGGAUUAACACAAGUUGUUUUAAAAAAAGAUUUUCUCUUUUGAUCUUUUUUAUGUAUUUAUUGUAAUUGAAUACAUUUGAAUAGUUUAAAAUUGGUUCCAGUGUCCUGAGGCCUCUGAAAAACCUUCACUGUUUAAGUCACUGUCCUUCCUAUCAGAAUGAUCAUACUGUUUGGACACAAAGCUUUCAUACUGUUUGAUUUGUUUGCUGUUUUGUCACAUAACAUUGAUGAAAUACUCUAAAGAUAAUUUAAGUAGAAUUUGAAAGAUUUCCUAUAUAUAUGUAUGGUGUUUGAGGUAUAUAUACAAAUCUGACCUUUAAUCUUUUUUUUUCUUAAAUUACCAACUCUGUUUUCAGGCAUUUAUAAUACAGUAAGUGUUAGUUUUGUAUAAGGAAGUCCACUUGAGUUGUUUUCUAUUCCCAGCUGGUUUUGUAUCCAAAUGCAGUUUUUCCUACUGCAGGCUAGAGCUGUAUCUGUCUGGACCACUAAUGGGAGAAGCCAAAUACCUUCUGUUAUUCUUCACAGAAGUACUUACAAAUAACUAUAAUGUAUGUCACUUGAAAUACUAGUGAUGCAAUAUUCACAGCGAGGAAAAGCUAAAAAUCGUUUCUUUUCUAAUGUCACAGUGGGUGUUUGUAGUCAGCUUACAGCAGUAGUUUUUCUUGUUUAACUCAGCCAGUGACACUCUGGACUCAGCAUACAAAGGGGACUAAUGUAAUGCUUAGGUAGUGCAGUCACGCUGCCUUGUUAGAAAUGUAAUUAUAGCAGUUUGUUUGGUUGAGAGCAUGCUGUUGUUUUAUUUGGGCAUAGGUAAGCCAUGUGUUCUGUCUACAAUAGAAAACCUCCAGGUACAAAAUGUAGAAAUUAAAUGCAAUCUAAUUUAAAAUUCCUAUUUAAUUGAUGUAUUUUAUAACUUGACAGAUUGAUUAUUUAUCAGCUUUUCAGCAAGCUGUUCUAGCAGUUGUGGGCGUGGCUGCAUGAACUGCUGUUGUACAAGGCAUCUCUUUUCUUCUCUGUCUUUCAUUGUGUCUCUUUGUCUUGUUUUAUGUCAUUCUUCUGAAAACAGAAUAAACGAAUGCUGGAAUUACUUGUGUGAUCAGGUCCUUCUGAAAAUCUGGAAAGUGUUAACCACGGCCCUAUGGAAAUGUUUUCAUCGACGUAAUUUGUGGUUUAUCUGCCAUUUUUGUUCUUAUAGUUUCUGCUAAACACACUUCCUGCUUUUUGACAAUAUAAUCUUUCUUGAUCACUGUAAUGCAUGUUAAACAUAAACAUUGUGCCUGUGUUUCUCAUGGAGAGCAAGCUGGGGUAUGUGAAAAACACAAAUUCCUAAUACAAGAAAUUGUAUGUGGCUAAUAAAGUAAUCUUAUCUUAAAAUAGCUAAACUAUAAGAAUAAUUUGCUAAAACACUUAUUCUUGCAAGUGAGAGUGUUUGAGGGGGAAUUGCAGACUGAAAAUUCCAACACUGAGAGCUCAGGUCGGUGCAGAUGUGUUUCAAAGCACUCCACUGUUGAUUGUAAUCUGUGAUUGUGGCUCUGAACAAUGUGUCUAGUUCACAGAUAUGGUGCUUUGCUAAUACACUGAUGCAACAUGGCAGAAGCAAAUCAAUCGCAAAGAAAGCCUAUUGUGCUUGUUGCAUUGUGCUGUAGCUGGUGUGUGUUUGAGUUUAGUUGAGUGUGUCUAUCUUGCUGCUGAACUAGGCCUUUAAAAGAAGUGCUGUCUGUUACUGGAUGCUGUGCUAGUACACUAAUGAGCACUAUGCUUUGUUUCACUCUUCUAAACUAGUCUAAUAGUUCAUUAGUACUUGACUAAUAAUCUUGUUCUCCAACGUUUGAAACCCUUUCAGUCUGACUUAAGGUAAUAAACACUGAAGCAGCACCUGUUAAUGCUGCAAACAGUAUGGCAUCUAGUGUAUGCUCUUCGGUGUUGUAAAUCAUGGCAUUAUGCUUCUUUGGCUGGAGAGCUUGGCAUAUCUGGUGCUGCCUUUAAAUGGCUUAAAUUACACCUUGCUGAAUAUCCCCAGUUUAGUUUUCUUUAUUAUAUUACUUCUGAUGUGUUACAUCUGGAGUUCCAUGGGGCUCAGAACUGGGCUCUCUGCAAUUUAGUAAUGAUGUUUUCUCCCUUGGUCAAUUAUGGGGUAAACGUGGACUGAAUUACAGUUUCUAUGCAGAUGAUAUUCAGAUCCGUGUUCACACUAAACCUAGUACUCAGGUUAAAAUUUAGAUAAAUGCCAACAAUAUUAUUGGGUUCCUCUUUUGCGAUACGUAAAACCAGAGCUACCACCAUGUCAUGGGAUAAUGCUGCGCUUGAUAUUCAAUCCAAUCCAAUCCAAUACGCUGUUUGAUCCUGGGUUGAUUUUGGAUAGCAUUAGCAGAAUAUUGUCGAGUUAGAGACAUAUUGCCUUGUUGUGUACUAUUCUGUGUGUGUAGCAGUUCAAUCUUUAAAAAAAUAAAUUAAUGAUUACUCCUACGUUUUACUAACAGGACUCUCUAAAACAUCUCUGGAGUUGCAAUAUGUUCAAAGUUCAGCCACUAUGCUCCUAAGGAGGCCAUGCAAAAAUGAUUAUAUCACUCCUGUCUUUGAGUUGAGUCCUUACCAGGAUUCCUGUCAGCUUUUGAUAUGAUUUUAACAUACUUUUGCUUAUGUUCAAGGCUUUUAAUGGCUUGGGCCCCCUGUAUAUAUACCAUUUAUAUAGCCAAUAUGUUAUCUGCUUACUCCCCUCAGAAAGGUUUACUAUGUGUUCCUGCUGUUGACUUACACCAGGGGAGUCAGACUGAGUUCUUGGACAGGUUAGAGCCCUCCUGUUUUUGUUCCUUCAUGAGCUCUGUCACACACUGGGUCUAAUUAAUUACCUGCAUAUGUAAGUAGAAUACUUGUAACAUGGUUACUGUACCUUUAACGAAGUGAGUGUUUUGAGUGAGCAACUGAAAAAUGACCUGGAGUUACAUCCUGUAUGUGUUGAAGAAGAUAAUUAGGUGAAUUUGUUUAAUUGACUACUCGGGCAGGAAGAAUAACAAGUAGACAGUAGGACAAUGGGUUUAAACUCAUACCCUGGAAGUCCUUGUGUGUUUGGGUUUUGAUUCCAACCUGAGAAGUGAAUGAAACGACCUGAUUAUUUUCUAAAACGAACAAGAUUUUUCUUGGGGUGUUUUACAGUUGGUUGCACAAUACCGUCACUUCGUUAAUGUUUUACACUCAUGUGGCCAAUUAAAAUAAUUAAACCAACAAUCUUACCGAGAACAGGGGUAGAACAAAGACCAAUAAGCACUAGGCCCACCAGGAGGUCAAUUUUAGAUCCCUGCCCUGCACUCAGUGGAUCCUAUUCCAAAAAGCUUAGGAUCUUUGCCAUAUUGGGUGCUUUUAGCCCAAGCUUUUUUGAAUGUUUUGCAUCUGAUUUUUUUUGUUGGACUUGUAAUUUUCUUUAGUUUUGUUUCAUGCAUUCUGAAUCUCCUCGCGGUGGUUGCUUUUAUAGAUGCUGUAUGAAAUUAUUCAUUACUAUUCCUUCACUGAAUCACCUCACCCUCUGUAACCCACUUUAAAAGCUGGUAAAAUUCACCGUGUGAAGCUUGUCUUUAUGGUGCGACCAAGUGGGGUAGAUAGUCAGAUCCAUGCCAUAGUUUAAGGCUACCCUUCCAGUCCACUGCACUUCUGAUCUUCACCUCUUGUUUUAAAGAUGCUAGUGGAUUAACCUUUAGUACUGUGAGCUGCCUUGGGUUAUGACAUUUUGAAGAUCAUAUUUCAAGAUCAUAUUUUAAAAAAAAAUGUUUUCAGAUCCUGCGUCAUUUUUUUUCUACCUCUUCACAUUAUGGAAAUUAUUUUUGUAGCUGAGAACCAUGUAAUAUUGAAACAAGGAAAUCAAAUCAUGUAUCAAUCAAGAUUGAUAAAGAUAGCACUAUUAUGAAUCACGGAUGUAAUCAGUAUUGAUGUAUCGUUCCUUCAGUCAGAAGGUGUGAAUACAGUACGUCUUGAAGAAAUACGUCCUGUGCAUGAAGAGAAAAGUUCCCUGUCUCUGUAUAAUUCUGCAGUGAAAGUCUUCAGCAGAUAUCAGUGAUAGUGCUAGUAACUUGAAUGACCUUGUGUCGCGUGUACUGAGUUUGAUACUAGCUUUCGCGUUUUUAUCCAGUCUGGCGGCUGAGCUGUGGGUCUCCUGAAAAGGACUGCUGUGAUACAUACAGUACAUCUGGGAGUCUUAAGCUGUCUGACCUGGUGGUGCCUGUGCUGUAAAUUAUCACAAUAAAUUGAAAAAAAAAAUGUAUUUU